GCAGUACUCUAAAGAGGCAAACCUGUUAUAAGUGUGACGUUCCAAGUUAUGUAUCUCUUGAGCGUUUUAUCGAAUAUUUUCUGCACAUAUAUUCUAGAAAAUAAUUUUGAAGUAAGGCCAGAUUUGAGUGCAUGGACAUGGAUUUGUUAAGCUUCUUGGAGGGCAAGGUGGCAAGAAUGAACCCCGGAGCACAAAUCAACUGAGGCAGUUUUCAUGUCGACCCAGCCACCUUAUCAUGCUUCUCCACGGAAGGGUGGUCUACUCUAAUGUAUUUAGAAAUUGUUCAACAGGAUUGCCAUCCAUGACCGCCAUUAACGAGGGGAUCCAAUUUUGCAUUUUUGACUUAAGAAGGGGACAAAAUGAAGGCCAAGAAAUUGACAAGAUAUUAUUCUUUUACCCUUCUGACUGUCCUUUUCCAAUGCAGCUAUCUGUAAUAGGACUCUGUGAGGGAAUCAUUACUUUUACUAGAAUUUUUUCUCCACAGGCUCCUUGUGAGGUCAUAGAAGCAGAGAGACACUCUCAUGUGUUUUAUGAGGCCGAGUCAGAUAUAUGGAUGGUUAUGGUAGUGGAUAAAAAUAAAGACACUGAAUCUAUUUGGCGAUGUGAUGCCUUACGAGGCAUACUUAAAGAAGUACAUUCUCUAUUCACAAUGUUUCAUGGAUCUCUGCGAGCUUUACUUGAGAAACAACCAAGCGGUGAACUUGCUCGUAACCAUUUAUAUUCCUUUAUAACAGAUUAUCUAACUGGUAUGAGAAAUUUCUGUCUCCCUUACAAAAUCGUAAUGUAUGGCUGUCAUUCAUAUUAUCUUCCAAUGUUGUACAAGACUGAAUUAUGGUGUCCUAGUAGGCUAUUCUUGUUCUAUUUUCCCUGGUUGACAGUCAUUGCUGAGAUUUUAUUUUUCUCUAAUCAACCUACUUUCCUUGUAGAAGACUUUCUUGUUGGGAAAAAAAUUCAAAUGCCGUCCUUCCGUGAUUGUCUGAGUGAGCGCAAAACAGUUCAAAUGCUAACAAUAUCACGGGAAGUGGCAAUUGAAGUUCAGUCACUUGUCACAGUAAUAGGAUCUUUGUGUAUUGGAAACACAAUUUGCAACUCAAUGAUACUAUUUCAAGAUCUGCUGGUGUCAACAACACUCUCUCCUGAUGACACGACAAAUCUGUUUACUUAUGCUGUUCUGAGGUUAACUCCGCAUGCUUUAACUUCCAAUACAAAUUCUUGGUCAUAUUUGCGGAAGGGAACUUCUGCACCUAAUGUUGCUGCAAACUCUGCUGUACCAAAUGCGGGAUUGGCGUCAGAAGGGUAUCAACACAGAUCUCGUGAUACUUCCCCUGGAGGACAAAGUCAGAGAUAUCAUAUACUAAGGCCUCUGCAACGUGACAAAUGGUCUAAAAGAAAGGAUGGUUUUGUUGGCACUGACAUUUGGGGUGCAGAAGUUGGUACUUCCAUUCCUUUGAGCCCAACAUUGUGGCUCCAACAGACAGAGGAGCACGCAUAUCUUUGUGUUUACCAGUAUAGGAAUUUGACUCUUAUACUCCUGAUUCCCGUUUGCUUGAUGACAAAUGGAGAGCAGGGCUUAAGUCUGGUGAAAAAGCAACUUCUUGAAAAUGCAUCACAGAAGAUUGUAAAUGUUGAGGAGAAACUAUCCAGAGGAUGGGGUGGUGAAAAUGCUUAUCAUGUCAGUGGGUAUCGCUACUUACUUGUAGACCGUGAUAUGGGUAUAUCAAGGGCUUCCCCACCAGGAAAAGUCACGACUCUUACAAAGGACUCAUUACUCGCACUUAAUAAGCUAAGAGAAGAGGUUGACUUGGAGAAGUCGAGAGCAAAAAGGGAUAACCCCGACUAUAGAAAAGAUUUUGAAGUGUGUAUUAGAGCCAGAAAUAAUGCUUGGAUAAUUGCCAAGGUUACAAGAGGAAGAGAACUUUAUAUGGCUCUGGAGAAGGCCAAUGAAACACUUCUUUAUGCAUCCGAUGCUGUUGAGAAGUUCAGCAACAGGUAUUGUGAUGGAGCGUUUUCUUUGGACUAGACCAAGCUCAAGGUUCUUUUAUCGAGAGAAAAAAGGACCAAGCUCAAGGUUUCAGAGACUCUAAAGAUCCAAAGCAGUCCCCUCCCAAGACCAAUUUAUAGAACUGCAUCAACGGGACUGUUCCCUGGCCAAAGUACCAUGCCUUGCCUUGACGGGUUGCAGUUCUGAUUUCAAUUUACAAAGGCCUUUACAGUAUUGUGGGAGUGUAUAUAAUGUUGAACACUUCAUAUCAUUACCACAUUUAAAGUCUACUAGUCACAUGCAGCUCUGAAAAUAAGUGGGAAAAGCCAUGAAACAAAUGAUAUCUAUUAUUUUACAACUAAUUAUCUUGACAUGCUUUUGUGCAAUUUAAGUGUGCUGAUUAUUAUACGUACUCA